AUGGAAUACACCCCCCAGCCCGUCGAUGAUGCCGUGCGCAUUUCCGCAAAGCGGACUGCUGAACUCUUUGGUACCGAAUACCUGAUGGUCACACCUUCAACUCUUACAGAUGGCUCAAUCGGCGUUUCCUACCGACGGAAGGCGGAAUACGAGGAUAUUAUCGAGCUACCACGAGCUCUCGCAGAGAAACAGGCAAAGGCUACAGCAGGCCGGACAAAACGGCCGAAGAUUCAGGCGCAGAAACCCGCAGAUGGCAGUGGCGCAUCCAUGUCACUUGUGAGGCGACCAUCGGGCACUGGAGCUGGAGCUGCCGCUGCUGAGGGCCAACCUACAAGUUUGAUCCAGAGACCAUCGGCCACCAAGCAGCAGCGGCCCGAGUGGCACGCGCCUUGGAAGCUGAUGCGCGUCAUUUCGGGACACCUGGGAUGGGUGCGAGCUUUGGCAGUGGAACCGAAUAACCAGUGGUUUGCUAGUGGAGCAGGAGAUCGGACAAUCAAGAUUUGGAAUCUAGCGACGGGCGCAUUGCGACUCACUCUCACCGGUCACAUCUCUACCGUCCGUGGCUUAGCAGUCUCACCCCGGCAUCCGUACCUUUUCUCGUGCGGUGAGGAUAAGAUGGUCAAGUGCUGGGAUCUUGAAACCAACAAGGUCAUUCGACACUACCACGGUCAUCUCAGCGGUGUGUACACACUGGCCCUUCACCCUCGCCUUGAUCUGUUAGUCACGGGUGGUCGUGACGGCGUGUGUCGAGUCUGGGAUAUGCGGACGCGAAGCAACGUACACGUUCUCGGUGGACACAAAGGCACUGUCGCCGACAUCAAGUGCCAAGAAGCCGACCCUCAGAUUAUCUCCGGUUCGCUGGACUCCACAGUCCGGUUGUGGGAUUUGGCCGCUGGAAAGAGCAUGGGCGUUCUGACACACCACAAGAAGGGUGUCCGUAACAUCGCCAUCCACCCCUCGGAGUUUACAUUUGCCAGCGCCAGUACCGGCAGCAUCAAACAGUGGAUGUGCCCCAAGGGUGAUUUCAUGCAGAACUUCGACGGUCAGAACUCUGUCAUCAACUCUCUCGCUGUCAAUGACGAGAAUGUUCUUUUCUCCGGCGGUGAUAAUGGUUCCAUGUCCUUCUGGGAUUGGAAGACUGGCCACCGCUUCCAAUCUAUGGAGACUACCGCACAGCCUGGCUCUCUUGAAGCCGAAGCUGGUAUCAUGGCUUCUACCUUUGAUCGCACUGGUUUGCGUCUUAUUACGGGCGAAGCUGAUAAGACUAUCAAGGUCUGGAAGCAGGACGAAGAGGCUACCCCUGAGACUCACCCUCUGACUUGGGCCCCGACUCUCGGCAGACAGCGGUACUAG